AUGAAUGCAUUAGCUCGAAAAGUGGAGCAUUUCUUUUGCAUGAGAGCAAAUUACAGGAUUUAUUGUAGUUGGCUAGCCUGCAAUGUGCAUGUUAGAGACUCUCAUGAUUACUCCCACCUACUACAAAAAUGCUGGACCAGAAAAACCUUGAAAGAAAUUCAUGCCCAGAUCAUUAUUGGAGGUUAUGAGCAAAACCCAUUUGUUGCUGCAAAGCUUAUAGGAAAAUAUGAGCUAGCAACUUCAAGUAUGGAAGAUGCCCGAAAGGUGUUUGAUCAAUUGCCUCAGACAGAUAUUUUCUUAUGGAAUAUGAUAAUACAGGGAUAUUCAAAACAUGGUCUCUAUGAAGCUGCAUUGAGUUCCUAUGUUCGGAUGCGAAUGGCUGGCUUUGAUGUCAACCAAUACACAUUUUCAUUUGUAUUGAAGGCUUGUGGCGGAGCGAAAGGACUUAAAGAGGGUGAGGUGAUUCAUGGACAUAUAGUGAAAUCUGGGUUUACUUCAAAUGUCUUUGUUGGUAAUGCACUUGUGUCUUUUUAUGGGAAAUGCCAAGAAAUCAGUUCAUCUAGGGAAGUUUUUGAUAAAAUGCUACAAAAAGAUAUUGUUAGUUGGAACUCAAUGAUUUCAGCUUAUGUUGUUAAUGGUCUUCCCAUUGAGGCUCUUGGAUUAUUUCAUAUCAUGCUGAAUGCAGAAACCAUUUUGCCUGAUAAGGCUACUUUGGUAGGUGUUCUCCCUGCUUGUGCUCAACAAUUAGCAGUUAAAGAGGGGUUAUGGAUUCAUUCUUACAUUAUAAAAUCUUGUAUGCAACUUGAUGCUGCCUUAGGCAGUGGCCUUGUAUCAUUGUAUGCAAAUAUUGGACAUUUAGAGACUGCAAAGUUGAUAUAUGAUCGAGUGUCUGAUAAAAACAUCGUAGUUUGGAGUUCGAUGAUUAGGGCUUACGGGAUACAUGGUCAUGCUGAUGAAGCCCUCAGAUUAUACACCCAACUUCUAGAUAAUGGAUUAACCCCAGAUAGUCAGAUGUUUUGUUGUUUGCUAUCAGCUUGUAGUCAUGCAGGGAUGGUUUCAAAAGGACUGGAUUUAUUUGAGAAGAUGGAAUCAUAUGGAGUCGAGAAAAGACACGAACAUUAUGCAUGUAUGAUCGAUUUAUACAGCCGUGCAGGAAAAAUAGACAAAGCAAUCGAAUUUAUUAGAUCAAUGCCUAUUGAAGCAGGGAAAGAUGCUUAUGGUGCCUUGCUUGGGGCAUGUAGGAGACAUAAUAGCAUUGAACUUGCUGAAGAAGUAGCAAAGAGGUUGAUGAAAUUAGAUCCAGAAAACGCAGGGCGAUAUCUCUUUUUGGUGAAGAUGUAUGAGGAUGCAGGUCGGUAUGAUGAUGCUGCUAGAUUGAGAAAAACAUUGAGAGACAAGAAGAUUAAACGACCAGUUGGGUUUAGUGCAAUCGAAGUGGAUCACACUCUCCACACAUUUGGAGUAGAAGAUGAAUCUUAUCCAUCUAGAGAGCAAAUCUUUGAUACAUUACAUAAGUUGGAGAUGGUGAUGGAACAUGAAUGCAUUAUAUGUAGUGAACUCACAAGUAACUAG